UCUAUGUCCGUAAUUUCAAUUGACUGAUGUACAAUAAAGAUUUUUYAUUUUAUUUAUUUAACUGCGAGUAGGACAAAGUUUGCCACUUAAGAAAUAAUGCGUUAACACACAUUCUCGUCUUCGCCUAAGGUCAUUGCAYUGUCGCAGGUCGUUGCAGUCUAGCAAGGCUUUAGUARAGUGUUAUACUAGGCGUGGUUAACAUUCGGCACAGCGCUUUGCAUGGCUUUGAAGUUCCUUCAGUCCCGAAGAAUACGAAAACGAGCAAAAACACAUCAGUUUYGGCAUAGCCUCAGAGACACGCGUUUUAUAGAAAUUACUGGCAGUCAUUACAGAGAAAUAGAAUCACGUUUAUGCACAGCACAACCUAGUGAUUAGCGUCCUGUUCAUACUGGAACUAAGGAAAUUCUCCUCAGUUAAAACAAAGUCCAGAGAUAAUCACCUUUCAUUGCUUCUGUCGAUCGGAUCAUACUAGAAAUUAAAUAUUUUGUCUUUCAUUAAAGUUGGUGAAUAUUGUUUACGACAAUAUCUAUUUGAAAUCACUAAAACAAAAACAAGCCAGCUCCUGUACACCAAUUGAUCAUGUGACUGCAACGUUUCUCAGAAAUGUCAUAAAAAUACUGCCAACAACGUCCACAACUCACAGAAUUUGUUCACCAACCAGCACAAUGGAGAAGGAGAGCGCAUCCAAACAUGGCAUCUCCCUGCCUACCAGUGUUGUUAUCGGCUUGCUUGCAUUGUUGGUGGCGAUAACGCUAUUAUCAAUGUCUGCAAUGUUGUUAUGGGAGAUACACGGCCUCAAAAGCAAGAUUCGUGAUCAGGAAGUCUCUAUUCAAGAGUUGCAGGAUUUUAAGAACAACGGGACGACUUUGAAACGACGGAAUUUGGAUUCGUUACUCAAGACAGUCCAACAUCUUACAGCUAAGAUCCGUCAGCUUGARGUAMAUAACAGAGUUGCAAGAGCUGCUGUAACAAGUUGUCCUUGUCAAGCAGGCCCUAAAGGUGAUCCUGGUCYACGUGGYCCACGCGGUCGUCGAGGUCCGCCAGGGCCUAAAGGUGAUCCAGGCUCUCCAGGACCCCCAGGACCGCGGGGGAAGUGUAGACGAAAAGGAUCCUGUGGCAAAAACAUAGACUCAACAAGAACAGGGAUGUUCUCAGCGUCAGCCCACAUUGAAGGUCAUGGAGGGGAAAUAAACCCAAAGACAGGUAUAACAAAAUUCCAUCGUCUCUCAAAUUGGARACCAAGACACAUGCAAGGCAAGAUCCGCUUUGUUGACACUGGCAGUCUUGUAAUAGGUGUCCCAGGCUACUACUUUCUGUAUUCCCAGAUGUUUUAUUACUCCAGCAAAGCAAUGUACAUGGCACACUAUUUGUAUGUGAAUGARACCCCCAUGAUGAGAAGUCUAUCUAGCGUAGCAGGCCCAAGAAGAAAAUACUAUACUAACUACCAUGGUGGCAUUUUCUACCUCAAAACAGGAGACACAAUAUCAAUCCGUGUGCCUUUUAACGAGACAUUAUUCAUGGAUAAUCAAACAAGCUAUUUUGGUGCAUUUUUGGUGCAUCCCAGUAUUGGUGGAACUGUACAGCCUUCGCUAAGUAGUCCUCCUUCAUUGUAAAAGCAAAAUACAUCAACAUCCAUCAAAUACAUGUACACCUCCACUGAACAAACCAGCAAGCACUAUAACCCUAAGACAUCCAUUGUAAAAAGAAAGAUAUCCCUGAUACAUUGCUAGAGUUGGCAAUUAUGGAUGUGCUACUCAUAAAAUGCAACUUGUCCUUCAACAAAAAUUGGUUAUCAAYUUAUGAAGCCACAAGUGAACUUUUAUGCUUUUUUUUCUUGCAAGAAUGUUGAUAAUUAUACAUUGAAAACCUCUAGUUGCAUGGGUGCAAGCUUUGCAUAUUCUUUACAAGGCUUAUAUCGGGCUAAUAAGCUUCUAGUUUGGAUAUUUAAUAGUGAUUAGGUAUGGAUAAUAAUAUAACAUACACAUUGUAAUUCAAAAAGUACAAUUUAGUCAUCAGGUAGAUUUGCUGUAAAUUCUUUUGUAAAUUCAACUUGCUGGCAGUGUGAUAGCUUGAGAAUUUUACUUGCUUGCUGUCUAAAUGUCAAACCUCAUAAGAAAGACAUACAUACAUAGCAUUUAUAAUCAUAGGUCUGGGUGUUUGUAAACCUCACAAAAACCCAUAGAGUACUCUGCAGAGGUUGUGUAUCAAUUUAUUCUGAAGGUAUAUCAGAGCUUUUUCUUGAAAACUCCCUCCCUAUACUGACUCUUGUAUAUUGAAACAAGUAUAAACCAGUGGCAAACCAGUUAUUAUUCAUCUUGUGAUAAUUAUACAUAUCCUUUAGAUAAGAGUAUAUCAAAGAAGAUAUGCAACUUGUGCAGUGAUUUCUUUUUGUAAAUUGGAAGAGCAGGAGUCCAUUGUCAAGUGUAAAAUUACUCUUCUUCAUACAUUCCGACAUAGUUUGUAAAUUGUGCAUAUGUAUAUAUAAAACUUGCCUGACGAGUGUUAUCAUCAAUUAGGUUAUCAUGCAAAACCAGCCACUUGCAAUAAAACAAUGAAUGAUCUAUAUUAAAAAGUCUCUAGCUAUUAAAUUAUAAUUUAUUUUGUAAUAAUAUCAUUAGAUACAUGUAUACAACUGCAACGCAAUGUUAACAAAGCAAUAUGUUAACAAGCAAUAUCAAAGAUUCUAUCUUCUUCUUUGACGUAAAAAAAAUCAUUUUCAAUUACAUGUAUAGGAAUAGAAAGUCACGUGCCUCAAAUAUUAUAUUAAUUUUUUCCAGCAGUUUGAAAAUAUAGACUUAAAUACAAUUGAAACA